AUGCUUUGGGCGCUUGGCUUUCUGGCGGCUGCGGAUGGCUCGCCAUGGCAGACUGUUGCGGGCACAGGCCGGAGCGGCUUCGGCGGGGCCAGCUAUCACAGCCUCGUCCAGACCUUCGGCGUUGAGACGCGGCUCAGCUCGCCCUGGGGCCUCGCCUUGGGCGGCGGCCGGCUCUACAUCGCCGACUCGCUGAACCACGUGGUGCGAAGCCUGGACCUGGACACAGGGCUGAUGGAGAGACCAUUGCCGGCACAGGGGAGCCUGGCUUCAGCGAGACCAGCGCAGUUCUCUCCCAGCUAA